UAUAAUUAAUUAUACAAGUAAGAAAUUGUAUUUCUUCGCAUAUAACCAACAAACAAAAUUUUUAACAAUCUGGACGUAUAAGUUACAUUUUUUAUUGACUCGACCCGAAAGAUGCAGUGUUUAGUAAUGAAUUUUGGACAUACUGGACGCGCCUGGAACGCCUGGAAGCUUACAAAAUAUUUGAAAAGCAAAGGGCUUAAUCAACGCUUCUUUAACGCUUCUAAAAGCGCUCGGGCAAGUGACUAUGAGCUUUCGCCACUUUUGGAAAUAACCGGACUUAACAGAAAACCAAGCAGUUUAGAAGAUUUUGAAUUAUUGUACACCUUGACAAAAGAGAAAUGCCUGUCAAAAAAACUUCCAAAAAAUGUUAAUUCGCGCGGUGUUUUUGUAUGCAAUGAAUUGGAUUUAAGUGAAGUAGAAGUAUACGGAUUUGAUUACGAUUACACAUUGGCUUGUUACAAACCCUGUCUUCAUGAUCUGUUAUAUAAUCUUGGCCGUGAUAUGCUGAUUAAAAAACUGAAGUAUCCCGAUGCUAUAGCAAAAUUGGAAUAUAUACCAGGAUUUGCGGUGCGGGGCUUGCAUUACGAUAUAGAAAAAGGCUUGUUAUUAAAACUGGAUUCGUUUCUUCAAAUUCAAUUAGGAUCUGUGUAUCGUGGUCUUACCAAAGUUCCAGACCAAGAAGUUUUAAAAUGUUAUAAAAAUCGUAUUUUGCCAAUAGCUUAUGUCGAAGGUCAGUCUAAAAAUCAUCAGCCAAACAUAAAAGCGAAGAUGGUUCAAUUGGCGGACUUGUUUUCAGUUCCGGAAAUGUGUUUGCUAUGCAAUGUAGCAGAAUAUUUUGAAAAAAACCAUAUUGACUAUCAUCCUGAGAUAAUGUUUUAUGACAUCAAGUCAGCCGUGCAAGCUUGCCAUCCUAUAAUGCAUCAAAUUGUCAUGAAGGAUGCUGAAGCUUAUAUAGAAAAAAAUGAGAAUUUACCAAAAUAUUUUGAAAAACUGCUUCAAUCCGGCAAAAAAUUGUUUUUGGUUACCAAUAGCCCGUAUUCGUUUGUAAAUCGCGGUAUGACAUUACUGGCUGGCAAUAAUUGGCGCGAAUAUUUUGACGUUAUUAUUGUACAAGCACGAAAACCGAAAUUUUUCACUGAUGAAUCGCGACCUAUACGUUUAUAUGAUGAAAGGAAUGAUAGCCAUGUCUGGGACAGAGUUACAAGGCUCGAAAAGGGUCAAAUUUAUUAUGAAGGCACCGUUAAACAGCUUCAAGAUUUAACUGGUUGGAGAGGUCAUUGUGUUUUGUAUUUUGGCGAUCAUCCUUAUUCUGACUUAGCUGAUGUCACUUUGGAACAUGGCUGGCGGACGGGUGCUAUUAUCAGUGAGUUAACACAUGAAAUCAAUACCUUGAACAAUCAGGAAUUUAAAAUGAGCGCAAACUGGUUACAGAUGCUAACGCAACUAAUUGAAGAAAAUCAAGAUAAUGAAUUAGAGCCUGCGAAAUUAUGUUUGCAAAAAUGGAUGCAAGAACGUGAUAAAUUAAGGAAUGACACUAAGACAGUAUUCAAUGAACAAUUUGGCAGUGUAUUUCGUACAUAUCACAAUCCGACAUAUUUUUCGAGGCGGCUGUUUCGGUUUGCCGACAUUUACAUGAGUGAUAUAACGAAUCUGCUAAAUUACUCCAUUUCACACACGUUCUAUCCUCGACGUGGAGUCAUGCCCCACGAAUAUAUUUCAUAUUUUAUGUAAACACACGUUAAUUAAAGGAAUUGAUUGAUGAGAGUAUUUUUUUUUUUUUUUUUUUUACGUAUUAUAUGCUUUCUUCAAAUGCAGUCAGUAAGGGAAUGUACAACUGUGACUCUUUAAACAUUGCUGAAUCUAGAAAUGUAGUGUUAUGUAUUUGCGGUUUUACAUAAACGGAUCUUCGAAUAUUAGUAUAUAGAUCCAAUAAAUGUUUUGAUCGCACGGAAUUGAUUUUUCCUCUCUAUGCAUAAUUUUACUUUAUAGAUGUUAAUAGUAAUAUGUAUAUAAGUUACAAAACGCGAAAUAGCAGAUCGUUAUAUAAAUAAAAGAAUAUUGCAGCAA